AGUGGCGGGAGUUGGAGGCUCUUAACGGGUCGUGUGGCGGAGGGCGCAAUCCACGGUUCCGCGGAAACGUGGCGUCCGUUUUUCACGGCUUUCUUCCCAGCUGCGCCCUUUUUUUCUGGUCCAGAUGCUCUUCAAUUCAGUACUCCGCCAGCCUCAGCUGGGCGUCUCCAGGAAUGGGUGGUCUUCAUAUUACCCUCUGCAGUCCCUUCUAAAUGGCUAUCAAUGCAGCUAUAAUGAUGAGCAUACUUCUUAUGGAGAAUCUGGAGCCCCAGUUCCCCCUUUUGGAUGCACCUUUUCUUCUGCCCCCAACAUGGAACACAUUUUAGCAGUUGCCAAUGAAGAAGGCUUUGUUAGAUUAUAUAACACAGAAACACAAAGUAGCAAAAAAAAGUGCUGCAAAGAAUGGAUGGCUCAUUGGAAUGCUGUCUUUGACUUGGCCUGGGUCCCUGGUGAACUUAAACUUGUUACAGUAUCAGGUGAUCAAUCAGCCAAGUUUUGGGAUGUGAAAGCCGGUGAGCUGAUUGGAACAUGCAAAGGUCAUCAGUGCAGCCUCAAGUCUGUUGCCUUCUCUAAGUUUGAGAAAGCUGUAUUUUGUACAGGUGGAAGAGAUGGCAAUAUUAUGGUCUGGGACAUCAGGUGCAACAAAAAAGAUGGGUUUUAUAGGCAAGUGAAUCAAAUCAGUGGUGCUCACAAUGCCUCAGACAAGCAAACCCCUUCAAAACCCAAGAAGAAGCAGAAUUCAAAAGGACUUGCUCCUUCUGUGGAUUACCAGCAAAGUGUUACUGUGGUCCUCUUUCAAGAUGAGAACACAUUAGUUUCAGCAGGAGCUGUGGAUGGGAUAAUCAAAGUCUGGGAUUUACGUAAGAAUUACACUACUUACCGACAAGAGCCCAUAGCAUCUAAAUCAUUCCUGUACCCAGGUAGCAGCACUCGAAAACUAGGAUACUCAAGUCUGAUUUUGGAUUCCACUGCCUCUACUUUAUUUGCUAAUUGCACAGAUGACAACAUCUAUAUGUUCAAUAUGACUGGAUUAAAAACUUCUCCAGUGGCUGUCUUCAAUGGACACCAGAACUCUACCUUUUACAUUAAAUCCAGUCUAAGUCCCGACGACCAGUUUUUAAUCAGUGGCUCAAGUGAUGAAGCUGCUUAUAUCUGGAAGGUCUCUCUACCCUGGCAUCCCCCCACCGUGCUCCUGGGUCAUUCUCAAGAGGUCACAUCUGUAUGCUGGUGUCCAUCCGACUUUACAAAGAUUGCUACCUGCUCUGAUGAUAAUACACUAAAACUGUGGCGCUUGAAUAGAGCCUUAGAGGAGAAACCACUGGGAGAUAAACAUUCCAUAGUGGGUUGGGCCUCUCAGAAGAAAAAAGAGAUAAGAGCGGGCCUGGUAGCAGUAACAAAUAACCAGAGUACUCCUGCCAAAGCACCCAGGGCAAAGAGCAGCCCAUCCAUGUCCUCCCCAUCAUCGGCAGCUUGUGCUCCAAGCUGUUCUGGAGACCUCCCACUUCCAUCAAAUACGCCAACAUUGUCCAUUAAGACCCCUCCUGCCAAGGUUUGGUCUCCUGUCAGCAGAAGAGGCUCCACCUCCUCUGUCUCUCCCAAGCCACUCCCAUCUUUCAAGAUGUCUCUUAGAAACUGGGUGACUCGAACGCCUUCCUCGUCACCUAUAAGUCCACCUGCUUCUGAGACAAAGAUCACAUCUCCAAGAAAAGCCCUCAUUCCUGUGAGCCAGAAAUCAUCCCAAGCAGACGCCUGCUCUGAGUCUAGAAAUAGAGUGAAGAGGCGGCUAGACUCAAGCUGUCUGGAGAGUGUGAAACAAAAGUGCGUGAAGAGUUGCAAUUGUGUGACUGAGCUGGAUGGCCAAGUUGAAAGUCUUCAUUUGGAUCUGUGCUGCCUUGCUGGCAACCAGGAAGACCUUAACAAGGACUCUCUAGGUCCCACCAAGUCAAGUAAGAGUGAAGGAGCUAGUACAAGUGUCUCUGAGCCUCCUUCUCCGGUCAGUCCUUACACUUCAGAAAGCUGUGGAAUGCUACCUCUUCCUAUGAGACCUUGUGGAGAAGGCUCUGAAGUGGUAGGCAAGGAGAAUAGCUCCCCAGAGAAUAAAAACUGGUUGUUGGCUAUGGCAGCCAAACGGAAGGCUGACACUUCAUCUCCACGAAGUCCGUCAGCCCAGACACCCAAUUCCAGGAGACAGAGUGCAAAGACAUCACCUGGCCCGGUCACCAUUACUCCCAGCUCCAUGAGGAAGAUCUGUACGUACUUUCAUAGGAAGUCUCAAGAUGAUUUCUGUAGCCCUGAACACUCGACAGAACUAUAGAUUCCAAUCUUGAGUGAGUUAACUGAACUUUGGCCCACUAACAAGAUGAAGAGAGUAACUCUAACUUUGCUCUUUAAAAAAAGUUGCCAUCUUUCAUUUUGAGAAAAUCUUUUCUACUCUUUAUUACACCUAGUCUGGUUCUACUUGCCGUGAAUAUCAGAGUGAAUAAUAGCUGUGUUUAAAUGUCAUAAAGUAACUUUGUCACUCUUGCAUUGUGAACGGAUAAUCUUUACCUUUUUAAAUUACACAUUUUAUAUAAUAAUGACAUCUCAGGUUAUAGAGGCAAAAGAGGAAGACAGUAUCUCUUUAACCUGAAAGUUCACUUAAACAGUGGAUGUCUGGCAGCUGCAGGACAGGCCUGUCGGAAGGCAAACUGCUGAAGACAUGCCCCACACAUCUGGAUCUUUUCUGCCUCAAACAAGCAUAAGUUUAUUUGAAAUAUAUAAGCUAAAGUGUGUAUAAAAAUGUCAUCAGAUUAGUUCAUUUAUACUGGUUCAUUGUUAAAAUAAAAUUUCUUGAU